AUCAUGUAUUCAACCACAACAAUAUUAUCUCAAAGCUAACCAACAAUGGCGUUCCCAAAGGUGUUCUUCGACAUAAACAUCAACGGCCAGGCAGCGGGAAGGAUCGUGAUGGAGUUGUAUACGGAUAAGACGCCGAAGACGGCUGAGAAUUUCAGAGCUCUGUGCACUGGAGAGAAGGGAGUGGGGCGUAAGGGAAAGCCCCUCCACUUCAAGGGAUCUUCCUUCCACCGAGUGAUCCCCAGUUUCAUGUGCCAGGGAGGUGAUUUCACCGCGGGAAACGGGACAGGAGGUGAGUCCAUCUACGGUGAUAAGUUCGAGGACGAGAACUUUGAGAGGAAGCACACGGGUCCUGGCAACCUUUCCAUGGCGAACGCCGGAGCCAACACCAACGGAUCUCAGUUCUUCAUCUGCACCGUAAAAACCGAUUGGCUUGACGGUAAGCACGUGGUGUUCGGGCAGGUGGUGGAAGGGUUAGACGUGGUGAAGGCGAUCGAGAAGGUGGGAUCGUCGUCUGGAAAGCCGUCGAAGCCGGUGGUUAUCGCCGAUUGUGGACAGCUCUCUUAGAUAGAUCUCUCUCAUCUAUCCUCAUUUUAAAUUAUAGCGUCAGCGUCCUUGUCCUAUAUAUGUUAUGUAUGUUUGGUGUCUCGUUUGUAUGUGUAGUCAUAAGCUUGGUGUGUAUUCUCAUGACAGUCUUUUGGAUUGCCAGAGAGAAACUCGUCACCCUAAUUACCUACUACCAUAAAUAAAUAUUGAACAUCUUGCAGUAAAUCUGAUUUUACAUUAC